AUGGGUGCGGACAGGGUCAGCGGUUGGACAAGGAAGAAGGAAGCAGCAGCAGCAGCAGCAGCAGAAGAAGAAGAAGAAUCUUUUGCUGGAUAUGACGAUACACGCAGCACGCAAGAGAAGAGAAGCGUUUCCGGGUCAGUGUCGAUCGUCGCUUGCAAGCUGCGAGGAGGGGCAGCAAGGCAAGGACCGAGACGAAACCUGGGAGCCUUCGCGUUGGACUUUGGCAACAAGCCCGAGUGUCAAAUCUCGGCCAAUAAAUGCCAGCCGACAGGCACAGGUGCGGGCGCCGGCACAGGCACAGGCAGAGCAGCCACAGGUCCCGGUACCAGUGCGGCUACCUGA